CCUGAUAAUGAACAUACAAACGAAAAUAAUGAACCACUGUCAUCUAUAAACGAAACAUUAUCUCCCCAAAAUGAUAAAGAAAAUUUACCGCCUUCCUCAUCAACCAAUAAUUUACCAUUUCCUUCAUCUUGCCCUUUGGACAAGAAUAAAGAAAAACGAUCAAAGUACAAAGAAGAAUACCAAAAAACAAUUAAAUAUUCCCUUAAUGCUGAUAGUCCUUCAACAGCUGCAAAGCCGGAAUUUUUUUUUAGAACACAAGAAACGCAUCCAAUUUUCAAUGGCCGACCACCAAAAAACACUAGUCCGCCAAUAUUCCUUUUUAAUAGUGUUUUUGGAAAGUUUCUAAAUGAUUACGAAAAUGAAACUUUAGAAAUUCCUUCAGACAUUUAUACGUGGACGCAAGAUCUUAUAGAUGGUGCCACUAAAUAUUAUGAAUUGGAAUGUAACCGAGCCAAAGCGUUCGGGGAGAGGCUUUCAGAAAGGAUUAUACCUAUAAUCGUGCAGCAAUAUAAGGGCAAAAGGGCGUGCGAUGGUUUAGCAUUUGUCAAAGUCGAAAAUUUUCUCGCAUAUCAAUUAUUUCUCGAAGUAAAGAAUGAGCUUGGAUCAGGUGGGUGUGAUCCAACCGUUCAAGGUGCUAUAUAUUAUAGGGACCACUGGACACAAAAAAGUUCCAUUAAAAUAUGCGAAAGUUGUUGUGCGCCCUCAUUCAUAAUUGUUAUGUCUGGGUCAUGGCUAUGCAUUCUUGGUUGUGUAUUUCUAGAAAAUGUGGUAAUUCAACCAUUGACAGAUUUUAUUCCAUUAACAGUAAACAUGGAAAACUUUGAUCAAAUAAGGAAAAUUGCGCGACUUUUCCAAGCAUUGCACAUUGCUUUAUGCCGACUUGAAAAUUUUUAUAGGGGCUUGGACGUGGUCUCGAACGAUCAAAAAUUUUUUCCUUAUAUUAAUAGCUAUCAAACCGAUGACAAAAUUGUUUCAUUCAUCUAUCACUACCAGUUAAAAUCAACAUUGGCCUGGAAGGCCGAAACGACAGAUGGUCGUAUGAUUGUCAUAAGAUUCCUACAGGAAUAUAACACCGAAGCACACGAAUUCUGUGCACAGAAAAGGCUUGCACCAGAACUCUUACACGUCAGCAAUUCUGAAGAUCUUAGGAAAUUCCAGAUAGUCAUAACAGACUUUGCCCCUGGUAUUAUUCUAAAUAAAAAGGACAAAAUAGACCCGAAGUUUUACCAGGACAUUUAUGAAAAUGUGGAAUAUAUUAUAAAUUUAUUGCACGAAAAGAACUUCGUGCUUGCCAAUCUUAAACCUACAAAUAUUCUUACGAACAACAUAAAUGGAAAACAGGAAGCAAUGUUAAUUUCUUUUGAUUGGUGCGGUAAACACCAGGUGAAGAAAUAUCCACCGUCAAUGAAAAAUUAUGAUAUGCCAUCAGGCGUGAAACCGGGAGCUUUACUUGAUAAAGCACACGAUAC